GUAAUAAUAGGUGGUCUAGUCGGUUUCGGCGGUGGUUUCACUUACCCCGCGGUGGUAGCGACGUUGUUCUGCGCGCGCCGCUCGCGUCUCAUCGAGUACGCAACUCCGAUCGCACAGCGCUGCGGGAAUCCGUUUUUCAUUCGAAAGGGCAGUUCAAGAUCACGAAAGCCGGCCGUCCGACCUCCCGCGUUGUUCAGUGAAAGAUUUAUAUAUAAAAAUUCUGCCGAAAUGGGUUUUCCUACAGUCUACGACGGAAAAGUCGAGACGGGAUCUACUGACAAGCCCACGAUGCAGCUGGGGGCUGCCAACGCUGGCUCCCACCUGCAACACAUGUGCAGCCUCGACAUCGACUCCAAGUCUUCCUAUGUCCGUCUCUCCGGCAUCAUCUGCACCAUUGGGCCCGCCUCUCGUGAUGUGGCCAUGCUAGAGCGCAUGAUGGAGACUGGCAUGAACGUGGCUCGCAUGAACUUCUCCCACGGUUCCCACGAGUACCAUGCUGAGACCAUCAAGAACUGCCGUGAGGCGGAGAAGAACUACAGCAAUAAGCUCGGCUUCCCCUUCUCUCUGGCCAUCGCUCUCGACACCAAGGGCCCCGAAAUCAGGACUGGGCUCUUGGAGGGUGGCGGUUCAGCCGAAGUUGAACUCAAGAAGGGUGACACGAUCAAGCUCACCACUGACCCCGCUUACCAAGAGCGUGGAACUGCCGCCACCAUCUACGUCGACUACAAGAACAUCACCACCGUUGUGAAGCCUGGCAACAGGAUCUUCAUUGAUGACGGCUUGAUCUCCGUCAUCUGCCAGUCUGCCAGCGUCGAUACUUUGGUCUGCACCAUUGAGAACGGAGGUGCUCUGGGCUCAAGGAAGGGAGUUAACCUGCCCGGUAUCCCCGUCGAUCUGCCCGCCGUGUCCGAGAAGGACAAGUCCGACUUGCUUUUCGGUGUUGAACAGGGCGUCGACAUGAUCUUCGCCUCGUUCAUCCGCAACGGUGCCGCUCUCAAAGAGAUCCGCGGCAUCCUUGGCGACAAGGGCAAGAACAUCAAGAUUAUCUCCAAGAUUGAAAACCAUCAGGGUAUGGCCAACCUUGAUGAGAUCAUCACUGAAUCUGACGGCAUCAUGGUCGCCCGUGGUGACCUUGGUAUUGAGAUCCCACCAGAAAAAGUGUUCCUCGCACAAAAGACAAUGAUUGCUCGCUGCAACAAGCAAGGUAAACCAGUCAUCUGCGCUACUCAGAUGUUGGAAUCCAUGAUCAAGAAGCCGCGUCCCACUCGCGCGGAGAUCUCUGACGUAGCCAACGCCAUCCUCGACGGAGCGGACUGCGUCAUGCUGUCCGGAGAGACCGCCAAGGGAGACUACCCCUUGGAGUGCGUGUUGACCAUGGCCAACAUCAGCAAGGAGGCUGAAGCGGCCGUGUGGCACAGACAACUGUUCAACGACCUUGUUCGUGAUGUGGAAGCUCCCCUGGAGCCCGCGCACUCGACGGCCAUCGCGGCGGUGGAGGCGUCCACCAAGUGCCUGGCGGCCGCCAUCGUGGUGAUCACGACGAGCGGCAAGUCGGCGCACCUGCUCAGCAAGUACCGGCCGCGCUGCCCCAUCAUCGCCGUCACGCGCCACGCGCAGACCGCGCGCCAGGCGCAUCUGUACCGCGGCGUGCUGCCCAUGGUCUACCAAGAACCAGCAGCCAGCGACUGGCUGAAGGACGUCGACAACCGCGUCCAGUGCGGCCUGAAGUUCGGCCGCUCGCGCAACUUCAUCAAGACCGGUGACCACGUCGUCGUCGUUACCGGGUGGAAGCAGGGCUCCGGCUUUACUAACACCAUGCGUGUCAUCCAAGUGGAAUAGAUAUAGCCAGAGAUGCAGCACAAAGCUACAGCAGAAACAAAAAAUACGAUUAAUAUUUUUGUUAAGUAUUAGCUAAAUGUGACAUUAAGGCGUGAAAUAUGGAGCUUUUUAAAUAAAUAUCAGGCCUCUAGAUCAACAACUGCGUAACGUAAAUAUAAAAAGAGGUUUUAUUGAUUCUCAUUCCAGGGCAGAGCCCAGGUAUCCUUUACGAAGACUCCAUAUGCGCUAAGUGAUAUAUAUGUAUAAAGGAAUGUAUCUCGAAAUUAUACAAUUAGUGCUAGGCGUACAUAUUUAUUAAAUAAUUUAUACGUUACAUGUUUGUGUAAUGAAAUAAAAAACUAAAUG